CGAACGAGUGCGAUCGUUGUUUCGACAGAGAAAGAUAAUAAAGUAACCGAAAAUUUCCUUCUCCCAAGUGUCAGUUGUUUUUAUUAGUUUUAUUGCGGGUGAUUGUGAGGUGUGUAAAAAUCAAGAAAACGAAACGACCAUGUGAUCGACUGCUUUUUUCUAUUUUGCUGUGAGAUGCCAAUGGCGAAGAAGUUGUUACUGUUGGUGCUUGGCAGGCCUUGAAGCCUGCUUUCACUGUUGUUUUGCUUAAGGUUCGAGCGCCUUACAGCGCGUUGGGUUGGCUCCGAUGCCGGCCAGAAAGGGUCUGCUCGCACCUCAAAACACCUUUCUUGAUACCAUCGCCACUCGCUUCGAUGGAACCCACAGCAACUUUGUGCUGGGAAAUGCGCAGGUGCCGUCGCUCUACCCGAUCGUCUAUUGCUCGGACGGCUUUUGCGAGCUCACGGGGUUCGCGCGGGCACAAAUCAUGCAGAAAGGUUGCGCCUGCAAAUUUCUGUACGGCCCGGAGACUAAAGAGGAGGAAAAAGCCAUGAUUGACAAGAGCCUCGAGAGCAAAACAGAGCUCAAACUCGAGGUUGUUUUUUACAAAAAGAACGGUGUGCCAUUUGACUGUCUGCUGGACAUCGUGCCAAUCAAGAAUGAGAAAGGCGACGUUGUAUUGUUCCUGGCAUCACACAAAGAUAUCACACACACGAAGGAUCUUCAGCUCUGUGAGUUGUAUGACAGUGAUGCAAAUGGUAAUUUAGACCCCGAGGCGCCGCCAGCGAAUUAUGGACGGAGAAGAAGUCGAGCAGUAUUGUAUCAAUUAUCUGGUCACUACAAGCAAGACAAUAAGCAUAAAAUUAAACUCAAUAAUACACUGUUACAUUCGCAAACGACGCCACUACCGGAGUACAAGACGACAACUCUGAAAAAGUCGCAGUUCAUCCUGAGUCAUUAUGGCAUCUUCAAAACGUGCUGGGACUGGUUGCUGCUAAUAGCGACGCUCUACGUUGCGGUUGUGGUGCCGUACAAUGCCAGCUUUAUCAAUGUCGAUCGACCGUCGAUGGUCAGCGAUGUCGUCGUCGAGGUUAUUUUCAUUUUAGACAUCGUGUUAAACUUCAGGACGACAUACGUGAACCGUAAGGGCGAGGUGGUGAGUAACAGCAAGAGCAUAGCGGUGAAUUACAUUAAAAGUUGGUUCCUGAUCGACCUCGUGGCAGCUCUACCGUUCGACUUGCUUUACGCCAGCGACGUCUACAGUGGCGAGGACUCGGGUCACAGCCACAUCCAUCUUGUGAAGCUAACGCGACUAUUGCGCCUGGCGCGGCUGCUACAGAAGAUGGACAGGUACUCGCAGUACAGCGCGAUAAUCCUCACGCUACUGAUGCUGUUCUUCACUCUGGUCGCGCAUUGGUUGGCCUGCAUCUGGUACGUUAUAGCCGAGAAGGAAAGACUAAGACACGAAAAAGACUGGGAUCUUGGAUGGAUCCACGCGCUAGCGGACAGGCUACGAGUGCCGGACGUAGCGAAUAUAACGCACUCGGAGAGCUACAUAACGGCGCUCUACUUUACCUGCAGCAGCUUAACGUCCGUGGGCUUCGGCAACGUCUCCGCCAACACAACAUCCGAGAAGGUCUUUUCCAUCUGCACGAUGCUCGUCGGUGCACUGAUGCACGCCGUGGUGUUCGGUAACGUGACGGCAAUCAUUCAACGCAUGUAUUCAAGAAGAUCGCUCUAUCAGACCAAGUGGCGCGAUCUCAAGGACUUUUUGGCCCUGCAUCAGAUACCCGACGAGCUGAAACAGAGGAUGCAGGAUUACUUUCAAACCAUGUGGUCGCUCAAUCACGGCAUCGACAUUCACGAGGUAAAUAAGACACUAAAGGAGUUUCCGGAAGAGUUGCGUGGCGACGUAUCGAUGCACCUGCAUCGUGAAAUACUCAGUCUCCCAAUAUUCGAGGCAGCGUCGCAAGGCUGCCUCAAGCUACUCUCACUUCACAUACGCAGCAAUUUCUGUGCACCCGGCGAAUACCUCAUGCACAAGGGUGACGCCUUAUCCUACAUCUAUUAUCUCUGCAACGGCUCCAUGGAGGUCGUGCAAAAUGAGAUGGUUGUCGCUAUUCUCGGCAAAGGUGAUCUGGUCGGCUGCGAUAUAAAUAUGCAUCUGACCCACGGCAACGGUGGUCAGGUGAUCAGUGCAGGACCGAGCGACGUGGUGGUGAAGUCGAGUUGCGACGUGAAAGCUUUGACCUACUGCGACCUCAAGUGUAUCAACAUCCAAGGUCUCGUGGACGUGUUGCGACUGUAUCCGGAGUAUCAGCAAGAAUUCGCUCACGACAUCCAGCACGACCUCACGUACAAUCUGCGAGAAGGAUACGAAGCCGAGCCGAUACGUCAAUUAUACCAAGAGUCGGAGAUAAACGGUGGUCCAUCAUUAACGCUACCGUCGAUCAGCGAAGACGACGAAAAUGUCCCAGAGGAGGGUGAGACUUCACCCCUUUCGCCCCCAAAUAGAUCACCGCUGCACGCUAGCUCGAGUCCACGACACGCAAAGUUCAGGGACGAGUAUCAGAGUAAGAGGCCACCAAGGGGAGUCCUGAGGACUGGUAGAACCACUCAAGUAGUUCCACAAGAAUCCGUCGAAGACCACAUACGCGGCUCCGUCGAAAGACUCGACACCCAAGUCUUAACGCUUCAUCAAGACGUCGCGACGCUUAGCUACGAGGUACGAAACGCCAUCCAAGCGUUGCAAAUGCUAGCAAGUUCGCCUCAAAGCAAUCCAAAUCUACCGACACCAAGUGGUCGUCGUAGCAGUAGCGGUGGGGGUGACGGUGUCGCCGGUAGCGGUGGUAGCAUCGGGGUUCUGGCGCGAAGUUCCUCGCACCCGCCGGACGCUUUAUGCUGGAAUCCACCGACAGCAGCAGCAGCAGCAGCAGCAACAGCAGCCGUUAAUAGUAACAACAACCACAGUAGGAUGGUAAAUGCAUCAUGCCAGACAGACUGGCCAGUAGACUUACUGGAGUGUUGGGCUCGCUCCGAUCCGGCGCGGUGCCUUAGGAUCCUCGGCCUCGACCCCGAGCUUCUACUGAAACCGGCAUCGCCUACGCCAUCGCCGUCGUCACCACCGCCACCGCCGUACGAACCACUAUCACCGUUGCUUGGCUCCCCGUCGCAGUCACCCACUCAGUCGCCUGAUGGCACGAGCUUUCCGUUCGAGAGACGCUCGUCUGGAAGGCAUCGCACCUGGGACAACAGCGGCGCCGCCAAUUCACACGUAAAGGCGCAGCAUCGGUUCAGCGCUGGCGAUGCUGACAAAUCCUCCACCUUGUAUCAAGCAUUCAAAGCACUACGUCGAUUACCCGAAUCACGGUCACUCACCAUGGAUCCAUUUGAUAGCUGAGUCGAGCCUUUUCGCCCCGGACGGCGACCCAGCGGUGAAGAUUCGUCGACUGACGGAGGCACGGAAAUUUAAAGAUGUGCACAAUAGUGAUCCAACUGUCCACGACGUAUGUCAUACGCUUCUAUUUUUGUAUGUCCUUCCAUAACAGAUCGCCAAGCGACCGACUACUGCCCAGAAUAUUGCGUCUUUGCAGCUACGGGGUUUUUUCGUUCGAGGCAAUGUCAACUUGAAUAUAUAUAGAUAUAUAUCUAGAAUCUUUCACUUGCUGUACAUUAUUGUAUAUUUGAAGUUGGUUAUUAUUGUAAUUAAUUUCCCGGCGUCAAAGUUUCCCUUCCAACUAGUUGAUUGAACGCGCGGGUUAUUGGGGAUUUUUAAAAUUGAGUUCUUUUUUUUAUUGGAACGAUUGUAGCGACAUUAAUUUAUGUUUUAAGUAAGUCGAUCGAACGAACGUAAAUCAGUGACAUUUAUUUACAAAAAGUAAUAAUUUUUUAGUCGAUUUUAGUCGGUGCUGAAUAAAAGUACGAAUUUGCGCACAAAAGUACUAAUAUCCAUUUUUUUCGUCUGACAUAUCAUACUUCUCUUUAUCCCGAAUACAUAUCGAUCGAUUUAAUAAAACUGUACUGUUUAAAAUAUACAUCUCUAAUCCCGAAUUUCAAAAAGAUAACAAUUAUUGAACUUACUUAUUAUAAAUCAAACAGUUCACUUCUGAUUUUUUCCUCAUUUUUGCCCGUUACAUUAUUAUACUAUAGAUUUUUUUUUUAAAGUUUUAUCCAAACUUUGUAAGUAACUUCUAGUUUGAAUGAUUAUAAAAAUAAUUAUUACAAUAAACUUUGUAUUUUGAAUUGUAAGACUAUACAUAAAAAACUAAUAUUGUCAAGUUUUAUCAAAUAUAUUUGAAAGGAGGGCUAUCGUGCACAAAAUUUUGAACUUGAAUAACAUAGAUAUAUGAGUAUUUAAAUUUAAUCUAUAAUAAAACAUGGACACAAAUAAUUGUAAAACAGUAACUUUUUUACAUUAGCGAUUUUGAAAUAUUAUUAAAAAUGCAUUAGAACAACAGUUAAAAUAAUGAGAAUUAGUUUGGAAAUUGGAUUCCACUCAUAUAAUUGAAUACCCCAAGAUCUAAAUAGCAUAAAUAUAACUAGACUCACAUACAUACACAUAAUUAAGCUUAUUUGAGGUUAAUUAUGUUAAAAGGUUAUAUACCUUGUCGUUCAAUCAAAACACACGAACUGCAAAAAAUCGAGGAGACUUAACGUUGACAAAUAACGUUUCAUCUUCCGCGAUAAAAGACUCCUAGAUCAUUCCAUAAUUUAAGAGCGUAAUACGAUAUAAGCUGUGAUGAGUUAGAAAAAGCAAAAUAGUUGUUUAAUUGCACGCAAAUUAAAUAGGUUGAAAGUUCACUGGUAACUCGGAAUGUUUUCCGAGGAAAUGUACGAUGUUGACCUAUCAUAAUAAACGCAUAACUGAAAAAAUAACGUUUCUGCAAAGUCGCUACGUAUUGUAUAUUUUAAGUAGGAAUGAAGAAAACUGUCCAAACAUCAUCAGUCAGAAAAAAUUUUAAUGUAGCAAUAAAUUUUAUCAAAAGUUUUGAUGUAAAUGUAUACCAAGCAAUCGUUAACUUGCAUAUUUUGUUUUCCUUGAACUAAUGACUUUCGCAUGACGAUAACUUAACCUGUUCUUAAAAGUCAAGGUUGUACAAAAGAUAAUUACAUUCUAUUUGAUUAGAUGAAAUAUCGAUGAGAAUUGAAAAAAAAUUAGAGCGUUAUACGGAAAUAACGUGAGAAAACUUUGAAGAUAAGCAGAGUUCAUUCAAUUAAAAUAACUACUCGUAAAAUGUACAGAAUUUUACUUGUAAGAAGAAAAUGAAAUAUACGUACGUAAUUGUAAGUAUUCUAUUGAUUAGACUUUGUAAAUAUGGAUGAGAAUUUGAGAAAAGAAUGUGAUGGGGGCAGGGCUAAGGCCAUGCACUAUAUUAUAUUAUUCGAUCGAUUUUUCCAUGCUGUAUAUUGUGAAAGUGCGACGUCGGUUUUGAGAAAAAAACAUCAUUGCUCAUCGCGGGUCGAUGAAGAAAAAUAAAUAAAUAAAAGAAUUGAUGCCUUUUCGUUAAUGAUUAUUAUUAAAAUUCUAUUUAAUUACAUAUCAAUGGAGUAAGAAUAUUGUUCGGAAAUGCGAUGCCGCUCAGUCACAAUCUACGGCAGAUAGUUGUUUUAUAAAUAUUUCAUAUAUUUUGUUAUACUAUUUCUAUGCUCUCUACACGCGUUAUAAUUGUAAUUGAAAAAGCUAUAUAAAUUUUAAUCUAUAGUAGAGAAAAUCGAUUCUACAUGUCAACAAAUCCUAUACACCUCUUUUUACACUGUUUGUCGAUCCCUAAUGUAUAGAAGAUUUCAUGUUACAAUGGCGAAUUGAAAAGUAUAACCGAAUAAUUCUUAAGACAUUUUUCAACUUCACACAUUAGCAUAGGGGCUUUUAUCUUUCUGAAAUUGCGAACAAAAGAUCUUGAAGGAGCAAUAGCCGAACCGAAGAAACGAACGUUUCUUCACUUUUUAAAGAUUUAAAUCCGAAAUGACUGAUCAUCGAUCAAUUUCAACACGACUAAUUCCUAUAAAGAUAGCGACACCUAUUUUUUUGUGUAUUUAAAACAUAAAUUUCACUAUUACCAUUGGUUGCUACUUUAUUAUAUUAAAAAGCACACGUCACUGAAAUCUUUCCGAAAAAGAAAUGGACAAUGGAAGUAUAUCUGUACUCUAUCAACCUAUUUAUCAACUCUGAAAAAGGAUAAUUUAUAUAGCUAUGGAUAUCUAUCUUACGUAUGUAAUGAAGAAAUAUGAAUCAAGGCAUUGAAAAAACAUAUAGUUUAAUGUACGCAAAUAUAAAUGUUUUAUAUUAAAAGUCCUUCCUAUCCACGGAUGGUGGAGAGUUACACAUUUUGAUGGAAAAUAAUAUUAUCCCUGAUUGCAAAAUAGAUUCUAUCACGUAGCGCACCAAAUGAUACACAGCAUCCGUAUUAUUAAAUUAUUUGUUUUCUCAAUGCUCGACUCGAUUAUAUCUGUAAAACUUUGCCGUCUGUCGAACUGACAAAAAACAGAAAUAAAUAAAUAAUAUAAGUGUUAAAAUGGAAGUGAAGUAAAUUCCGUAAGCACCGCCGGAAAUAUUUUGUGAACCCUUUGUUGUGAAAGCAAAUUUGAUAACAAACGAAAGCUUCAGAGAUGGUAAAAAGAUUUCAUCGAUAGAAAUCUCGUAUUUUGAAAUAUUAAAAAGACACAAUCACUUAACUCAUUGAUGUAAAAAUAUCUCAUCAAACAGAGCGCAAAUUUCAGAAAAGUUGUACAUCGACCACGUUUUCAGAGCUAUUGAAAUUAGUGUAUACUUUGGGAGAUAUGACUUGUUAAAAAUUGAAAUUAGUAUAUUUUAGUACUUAUUCUAGAUCUUAUUGGAAAAACUUGAACGAAUAAAGACAUUUGUUAAUUCUUUUAUUGUACGUUAUAACAACGGAAUAAUGAAAAAUUACAAUUGUUCACUUUGUUCGAAAUGAAUUUCCGAAAUAAUAAAAACUGAACUAAAGUUCAGAAAGAUGUACUUCCCGUAUUGAAAUUGCUUUUUUGCGACGCUGAGCGAAUAUCAUGUUUGGAAUACGUAAUAUCUUCGACAACAGGUACAAGUACAAAUGAAAUUAGAAUGACAGAAUGCAUUAUAAUGCACGUGUUACACGGUGUACUGAAAAUCUAGUCAACGUAGAGUAAGAUAGGCCUUAACUAUAUAUUGUGAUAAUCAUAAAGGAAAAAAGCAGUUUAAAAUCUAACCGUGAAUGAUGUGACUAAACAAAGAAAAAAAUAUGUUUAUUAACGAACUGUCGAUUCUACCUUUCAAAGAUUUUUCAAUAUCCUGCUCAAAUAAGGCAUCACAAACAAUACAAAGAAAUAUCAUUGAAAAAAAGGAGAGAAAUAACAGAAUAACCCGGAUGAGUGAGAUUUGAAAAAAUCUUCUAUUUCCGUCUGAACGCGUCAAAACAUCGCCUUACGUCACUGAAAAUUCUAAAGAUGACUUAUAAUUGACUUUGCGCAUGUAAAUGAAAAGCACGAAGAAUAUUAAAAAACUAAGCCCAUCAUGUCACAUGUCCUGUUCCAUAAACGGUGUAAAUGCAGAAAUGAUCGUCAAUUUUCUUGGUUCUAUCAAAUACACUGAAAGAUAUAGGUAAUGUCUAUAAAGACAGCGUUAAAAAUGAAAAUAAUAAAUAAAUAAAAAAAUAUACUUUCUGGUUAUUAUUUUGACUGUCACCUUA